AUGAUUACAAACUUUGAACAAUUGCUUUCAUCUUGGUCACAUGAUUUACCUUCUUAUUUACAAUACAACAAUCUUUCACCACUACAGAGUCAGCAACAACAGCAACAGAAUAACAUAUCACCACCAUCAUCAUUACCUGGUCAUAUUGCUUCUUUACAUAUUUAUUAUCAAACUUUAUUCUUAAUGCUCCAUUAUCCUUACAUUGCUUCACAUAACACCAACAACAACAAUUAUUACUAUUAUAGCAAUCAAUCUACAAAAAGAUCAAAACUUUAUUUGAAAUCUUUAAAUGUUUGUACUAGCGCUGCUAAUGCCAUAACUCAUAUUGCUGUUGAAUCACUGAAUAAUGUUUAUACAUGCAUAACAUUUCCAACAAUGUUUUAUUGUCUAAUUAAAGCUUCAAAAAUUCAUUUGAAUAAUAUUAGCUCUGAGAAAUAUGGAUUGGCUUUAUCAGCUUAUCAUAACAUUACAAAAACAUUGAAUAUCUGUCACUUUUAUGAACAAAAUCACAUCAUGACUGAAUUAGCAACUCAGACCAUUAAAAUUUUAGAAAAUGCUUUAUUAAUGUUAAAGAUUUCGCAAAGUCAACAACAUUUUAAUAGCAAUGGUGGUAGUAGUGCUGGUAAAAAUAACAGUGGCAACAAUUACAACUAUAAUAACUAUAAUGGUAAUGUUGAUAACGAUAAUAGAAUGAUGAUAAGAUCACCAAUAUCUUCUUCUUCAUCGCCGCAACAACAUGCAAUAGUCACAGUACCUUCAUCGCCAUCUACAUAUGAGUCUCAAAUGUUCGAGACGUUUCCUAUACAGCCAAUUCAACCUCAAGCUUUGAUGACAACAUCGGAGGCAACUGGUAUCGCUCACACAUCUGAAAUUUCUCCUUCACAUGGGCCACAAUUUUGGGGUAUGGGUAUUAAUAAUUCAAAUGGAAUGGGGCUAAGUGGUGUUGGUGGUAUCGGUAUCAAUGUGGUAGGAGGUGGCACAAGUCGAAAUGGAAGCAGAAGAAUGUAUGAUGAUAAUUCCCCAUCUUCAUCUUCAUCUAUUCCUACUAAUGCUUUUACUACAACCUCACCAACAACGCAUUAUGUUCAUAUGACAUCUCCUGUCGCAAAACAGACCAAGUUGGUGUUUAAUGACAUUAAUAAGAUCGAGGAGGGCAAGUACUGUCAACUGAUUCAAAAGAACUUUACAUCCAUUGAUGUAAUAGUUGCACCUGACGCGCUCUUCCAGAUGACUGUGGGCAAGAGUCAUCCCAUUAAUAUGACUGGAAUUAGAAAAAACCUUGUUGAAAAAAUGGGUGGAAAGUCGGGGACAAAUAAUAUCUAUUUUUAUUUUGUCAUACUGAAAGAUUUAUAUGAUAAUUACUUUUAUACUACGCAUUGGAAAUUGACUCAAGUUCCUGGUGAUAAGUUUACUGUAUGGGUUAGCUUAUGUGGAUUAUAUCAUGUAUUACAGACUUGA